AUGUUUGCCGCAUUGCUUCUCCUCGCGGCCCCCUUGGUUCGCGGCCAGUCAGAUAUUCCACUUUCGCAGGAUAUUCAAAAUGUCCUCGCCGUUAGCAACAGCUCUUUAUAUACUUAUCCUACAGAUUUGACUCAGGGUAUCAUGCCCAAGCAAAUCCACAGUCACAACGACUACUGGAGGGCCAAGCCAUUCUGGACUGCACUCUCCAAUGGUGUGAUCUCAGUAGAGGCUGAUGUCUGGCUGUACAACGACACUCUCUAUGUUGGUCAUGAGGAAUCUGCACUCACUCACGCUCGCACAUUCGAUUCCCUCUACAUUCAGCCUAUUCUCUCUGUCCUCAAGAAGCAGAACCCAAGCUCUCCUUUUGUGACUGGUCCCACCCACAAUGGUGUCUUCGAUACAUCAGCAGGCCAGACUCUUUACUUGUGGGUUGACGUCAAGACCAAUGGUAACACCACCUGGCCUUACGUUGUUCGCGCCCUCGAGCCUCUUCGUGAGGGUGGGUGGCUUACCAAGUACAAUGGCUCUGCCAUCACUAACGGAACUGUCACCGUCAUUGGAACCGGCAACACUCCCUUGAACCAGAUCCAGAACCAGACCAACCGCGACUACUUCUUCGAUGGACCUUUGGCGACUCUUGACACUACUGCCAACAAGAACAUCACUCAAUACAUCUCCCCCAUCGCAAGUACUAGCUUCUUACAAUCUUUUGGAUGGCCAAAGGAUGGCAAGCUCAACGACACUAUGUUGGCCAAGUUGCGUGGUCAGAUUGCCACCGCCAGCGCCAGAGGUAUUGGCACCAGAUAUUGGGAAACUCCUAACUGGCCUAUUAAGGACAGAAACGCUAUCUGGCGUCUGCUCUGGGACGAAGGUGCUGCCCUCAUCAACGCUGAUGACCUUGCUGGAUGUGCGAACUUUUGGCAGGGCGACUCCUAG